AACAAUUUCCAUCCGCGAAUAGUCUUGCGCCCUCCGUAUAACGUGAACUGGAUUCGAUAAAAGUGGUUGUGUCGCACCUAUUUAACCGAAAUGUCGGGUGAAAGCAGGCAAAUUAAUCGAAGUAACAGCAGAUUCUGCUUAUUUUCGUGCUGAUUUGAGAAAAAUCGGAGAUUUUGAGGGCUCAAUCGGACUUUCGCAGGACAUACGCCUCUUUGUGGAUCGGCAGGGGAAACAGCUUGGAUUCUGUGGAAUUUAGGAUCGAGUCUUCCCAGAUAUAAGACUGUCCCAGCUCGGGAUUGGAGGUAUGAGCUCUAAUGCAACGACAGCUGAGGCUGUCUCGGCAAUGACUGAUAGUGUCACGCAGAGUGGUGCCAUGGGGGUUACCAGCACCAUUGCCAGUGGAAUCAUUGAUAAUGAGAAUAAUGAACCGAUCUUUUUACAAACACGAGCUGCCCAGGGCAUCUCAGGAGCUUUUGUGUGGCUCGCUCUGUUUAUCACCUGCCAACAGAUCUACCAGCACCUGAGGUGGUACACAAAUCCCACUGAGCAACGAUGGAUAGUCCGUAUAUUAUUCAUUGUCCCAAUCUACGCCACCUACUCCUGGAUAUCACUCCUAUUCUUCAACAGCGAGGGUUACUACGUGUACUUCUUUACAGUGCGUGACUGCUAUGAAGCAUUUGUAAUAUACAAUUUCUUGUCCCUGUGCUACGAGUACCUGGGUGGUGAGGGUAAUAUCAUGUCCGAAAUACGUGGAAAGCCAAUAAGAUCAAAUUGUCUCUACGGCACAUGGUGUCUCGUUGAGAAGACGUACACCAUUGGCUUUCUGAGAUUCUGCAAACAGGCGACUCUGCAAUUUUGCUUCGUCAAACCGGUUAUGGCAUUCGUCAUAAUAAUCCUGCAGUCAUUUGGCCAUUAUCGCGAUGGAGACUGGUCACCCGAUGGUGGAUACAUUUAUGCAACUAUUAUCUACAAUAUCAGUGUUUCACUCGCACUUUAUGGACUGUUUUUGUUCUACUUCGCUACGAGGGAUUUGCUGACUCCUUUCGAACCGGUUCUUAAGUUCUGCACCGUGAAGAGUGUCAUCUUUCUGUCAUUCUGGCAAGGAGUUCUUCUCGCCGUAUUUGAAAAGGCAAAUGUCAUAUCACCAGUGAUUGACAGCAUGGGACACGCUACAAACACAGGAACAGUAUCGGCUGGCUAUCAGAAUUUUCUUAUUUGCAUUGAGAUGCUCUUCGCAGCGAUUGCACUGCGUUAUGCAUUUCCUUAUCAGGUGUACGCAGCCGGCUGCGUGACAGACUCACGAGGCCGAAGUGUCACGAUGCAGAGUAUCAGCAGUAGCUUGAAGGAAACUAUGAACCCCAAGGAUAUUAUGACCGAUGCCAUCCACAAUUUCCAUCCUCAGUAUCAGCAAUACACGCAGUACAGCUCUGGUGGUACUAAGAAUCAGCGUGGAAUGCGAGUAUCGAGCUACGACCCCGAUGAUCCGCAAAAUAUGCCAGUACCACCGCCCCAAAGACGAAAUACCUCGCAUCAGCGUGUUGCCACGAUCUCGCAAAAUUACAAUGAAAAAACAAUGCUGCUGAGCAGUGACGAUGAAUUUCAAUAGAAGAUCUGGAUUUCACCGAUGGAACCCACCAUGACAAUGAAAAAUAAUUUAAUGAAAAUCAUGAAAAUGGUAAGAACUUGAAACCUAAAUCGAGGAGAUUAUUUAGAAGAAUUAAAUAUCUCCUGUACUUCAAUGGAUUCAUUUAUUCGCUGCAUUUAUUUUUCCAUAAAUAAUAGGGAAUUUGAAUCUCGUUCGAGAAUAAAUGCGCUAGUGACUAGUUGAAUUGAAAAAUGUUGAAGUUGGUGUGGAUUACGUACAUUAUUCAUUGACGAAAUGAUGUUUAAAAAAAUGUUAUUGCGUUACAAGGUAUCAUAAUAGUUUAGGAAAUUAAUCAUACUGUUUUUUUUUUAUUAAUUGAUGGUCAUCAGAGCUGGGUAAUGCUCCGUAAAAAUCGAAUAUUGAAGGAUAUCUUGGGCAGCUGUCAACGGCGAAGCGAUAAAGUUGAAGCUGGCAGAGCUCUUAAUGCAGUUUUUCAGAAAUGUAUCCAUAUCGGAAGGAGAUAUCGAAAUUUUUGUUAUAACUUUUUUGCGGAGUAACUUGAGGAAUAUAAAAAAGAUCGUAACAAAAAUUUUGAUAGCCGCCUUCAAUGUCGAGUUAUCGCUUCGCUACUGAAAUAAUAUUCAUUGUAUUCACGUCUCGACUAGAAAAGAUUUUUUUUCCUCGGCUAGACCUUCUCGAUCUAUUUUUUUUUAAAUAAAAAAUAUGUAUUCAAUAAUUUUCAUUAAUUUAUCUAUUUCACCAUUCUUUUCAAUUUCAAUACAUCAACAACAACCCAAUUGACUUUAACUCAGCUGUGAUGUGCCUCAAACCCGAACGAUCACAAUUUGCGAAAAUGCGGAUCUUCACUGAGGGGAAAAAAUGACAACAUAUAAUACAUUAAUUUAUUAUCUCUCAUAACCAAUUAUUUGAUUCAUCUCUCAUUAAUACUUGUACAAACAUACCAAAGUACUUACACACUACUAAAAAUAAGUAUAUCUAUAAUUUUUUCAUGAUUACAAUCAAUUAUUUAUUCACAUUAAUGAAUUCAAAAAAUAUAAAGAUUUGUUUUUUAUUUGCUAACCGCAAAAUAAUAAAAUAUAAAAAGAAAAACAAAUUCAAUCAACGGGCUUAGGAAAACGGUUGACACAUAAGUCGUUCGCGAUUUAAUCUUCCGGGGACAAUUGAACAGUGACAAGCUGAUGAAGCCCACUAGGCAAAACUGAAGGAAAACGAAAGAAUGAUAAUAAUUGAUGAAGAGAGGAUAAAUGAUACGUUAAAUAAUUUAGCUUCUGAGCCAACAGACUAUCUUCGCGUCCUAAUAAAAAACUAAUAUAUGUAUAUAUCGUUAACAUAGAUUGUAUUUACAGAUUAAUAAAUUUGCGCGGGAGAUAAAGAUUACCGCGGCAAAUGAUAAUUAAGAUCAGUUCAAUGGCGAAAUGAUGAAAUGAGAAAGAUUCAUUUGAAUUUCUCUCGGUUCAGAAAUAUUUGAUAAUUUGUUUUGUGCAAAACAACAAGACUUCUAUUUGGUUCCAACAUUUGUACGAAUAAAUCAUCUAAAAGUUGAAUGAAAAAUUAAUUUUUUUGCAAAUAUCUUCAUCCCAUCAAAGGGAGACAACUAAAAUGUUUUGGAAGCUCUUUCCACUGUAUCCAAUGUGUUCUUUAAAAAAAUUCUUAUUUGCGCUGUCUCUCUGCUCUAAAGAUAGUUACAAGUAACUUCUAUUUCAAGAAGCGAAAUUUUUAUGCCUAAAAAUGUUAAUAACCUUCAUUGUACCUCUCACCCGAACCGCCUCUUCACAUUUCGCUACUGAAUCAAAAAAAUGUCCAAUAAAGAAAAAUCAAGUGGAUGUGUGUUCGAUCCCCGCCCACGUAUUCCUCAAAAAAAUAUAAAGCCCCUCUAGAACAGCCAAAAGAAAAGGAAUGAAAACGCAAAAAAAACGAAACUAAAUCACCGAGAUUUUGUUACUCCCCCAUAUCCGAAUGAUUUGUUACCCCUUCCCCUGAACUCCCCAAAGAGACCUGUUAGAGGAGUCUGUAAGCAUCAAAUAAAUAUUUUUAUCUCAAUCUCUCCUUAA